AUGAGAAAAAAUACAUAUCAAGUACUAUUUAUAUAGUUAAUAAGAUUCAAUUUAGAAAUGGUGAGACAGUUUCAUCUGAUGGAUUUCUAGAAAAUGAAAAUAAAAUUUAGAGGGCUAAUUAUACUUUUCUUUUUCCUUGGAGAGUAAUUAAGGAUAACAUCUUCUACUUUUUACUUCUUAUAUUAUAAGCUUUUUCUACUUUGCCUUUGUAUUUUGUGGCGAUUCCCUUAAUAUUACAAGGGUGGCUGGUUGAUUUCCAUAAUUGUUUAAAAAUACGAAAAAUGGAUAAAAUGAUAAAAGAGUAAGAGGCAAAAAUUAUUAAGUAGUGGGAUGAAUGUAUUAUUAAUAAGGAAAUUAUUUCUAAAAUAAAGGAAAGGUUAGAUUAGUAAGAUUAAAGUGAGAGCAAUUAAAAAUUAAAGAGUAAGUCAUAGCUUGAGAAGAAUUCUUAAAAUAAGAAAAUUGAGUAUGCACAGAGUCAAAAGAAAGGAAUUUCCAGAUCAAUUCUAUGUAAUAUACAAUAUCUAUCAAUGUAGCAAAUGAUUCCAUUCCAUUUUAAUAAAUCCAAUACAAAUAACAAUAAAGUAACAAAAAUAUCAAAGCAUCUGAAAAUGUUAAGAAAUACAAUUAAAUGAGUCCUUUAAUUUAUAAAGAUAUGGCUUUGAAAUUAUAACAAAUCUAAAUCAUGGAAACUGAUCCAUUGAUUAUUCAAUUUAAAAAGCUGGUUCCAAGCAUAUUUCCAAAAGAUUUGAUUUAAACUACAACUAAAAUACCAUUAAAUGAGAAGUUGAAAAAAAUGGAAAAGGAUAAAAUGAAUUUAAUUAAAGCCCAAAAUGCUGAAGAUAUUAAAAUAGGAGAUGUCAUUUUAUUACAAAGAAAUGAAAUAGCACCAUGUGAUAUCAUAGUGUUGCAUUGUAACGAUGAAAAUUUCUGUGUUUAAUAAUAAUUAUGUGAUUAUUCAUAAUCGACUGUUCGAAAGCCAGUGGUCUAAAAUAGAUGUAAAAUAUGAAUCUAUAGUUUUAGCUGAUUCAUAAACAUUGGCUCAAUUUAAAAAGUCUUUGACUGGAAAUAUCGUAUUUCAUGAACAGAAUUCUUAAAUAAAAGGAUUUUUUCAAUUAAAAAAAGAUCCUUAAUCUAAGAUGCUAGGAUUUGAAAAUUUUAUAUUUUGUCAAGAGAAACUAUUGGCCACACCUUGGAUUCUUGGUAUUGUUGUAAAAGUGGGCAACAGCUGUUUUUGCUAUACAAAACUAUAAGGGAAAUUGAGAUUUGAUAAUCAUUAAUUUUUUGGAUUUUACUUAGUGAUUUGCUUAAUUAUGAUUGUAAAUAUUUGUAUAUAUCAUUUCAUAGAUAUAAAUCAUUGUCUUCAAUCAGAACGAAUACUUGUAUGAAUUGAGAUCGAUAACACAAAUUAUAUUGGAUAAUUGUAUCUAUUUAAUAUUAAUGGUUCCUCAUUUCUUUAAGAUCUAUUAUAAUAUUUGUGGAUUAUUUUAAUUGCAAAUAAUAGGCACGAUUGAUUAAAAAUAAAUUAUGUCUUGUCAUAUUGAUAAAUAUUUAGAAAAGCAAUAUCUCACACUUAGUGUAGAAGCAUUUAUAGAAUAGUCCUUUAAACUUAAACGAAUCAUCUUUAAUAGUUAAUAUUGUGAUUUUGAAGAGUAGAAAUUCUUACAGUUUUUGGCAAUUGCUGAGAAAGGUCUGAGUAAACAAGAUUAAGGUAAGUAUAUUAUUAUUAUUAACUUAGAACCAAUAAACAAUUAAUUGAAUUCUUAAGUCUUAAAUUAUGAUAUGUAAAGUUCAAGUUCUGAGAUUUUGUUCAGCCAAAGAGAAUGUGUAGUUAAUUAACUUCCUAAAUCAGUAGAAUGUAGAUUUACACGCGAUUAUUAAUAAGAUUAUAAAUCUGAACUGAAUGUAAAUUAAGGACAACUGAUUUUGUAAGAAUAAACUUAACAUGACAAGAAUAUAUUUGAGAAUUAAGAGAUUGGAGAUCAUCUGACAGCUUAACGUUAAUCUAAUCAAUAAAAGAGUUCAAAAAUAUAUCAAUCAUCUAAGGAUCAAUCAAGAUAAGACAAAUAUUUAAUUGAUGAAAAUACUCUAUACAAAUCCAUGAUUCAAAAUACUUCUAAAAAUGAUCUAAAUCCUUUAUUUUUACAAUUGGCUAUGAAUCAUCUUGCAUUCUCAAAAUUAUUGAUAACAGAAAAAAAAGAAUAGAAAGUAAAGAACAAAUAUCUAGGUUUACUUGAUUAAAAGUAAGUAAAUAUGGCCAAAAUUAUGGGUUAUGAAUUCAUCUGUGUAAACAAUGUUUAGUAUUAUUAUAAUCAUAUUCAAUAGAUAACAAUAACAUUACAUAGUAUAAAUCAACAAGGAACUUUAUACAUUUAAAUUAGUUAAUACUAAACUACACAUCCAAAAUCAAAGACUCUACAUGUUAUUCGAAAUGGAUGACCAAUUCCAAGAAGCUGAUUAUCAAUUCAUUUUAUUUUUGAGAGAAGCUAAUGUAAGAAAAAAUGAAAGUAUAGAGGAUAAGGUAAUGAAACAUCAAUCAGACUCAUUACAUUACAUUUACUAUUAUUAUUGUUUUUUGAGUCAAAAAGAAGCUAAUCUAUAUUUAUCUUCUGCAGAGAGUAACACUUCAGAAAGUUAAUUGUAUACUCUGAUGGAAUAGUUACUUAAACUAAACAUAAUAUUUGGGUUGAGUUAUGAAUUAAAAUAGGAUUGUCAAGAUUUUAUGAAAAACAUUAGAAAAUCAGACUAUUAGUUAUUCAUUUAUACCUAAAAUUAGGAAAUUUCAGCUACAUCUAUUUUAUACUAAUCUGAAUUGUUGUAAUAGAAUGAUUUGAUAUUUCAUUUCAAUCAAUAAAACGAAGAAGAUUUAAGAGCCUACUUUAAAUAAUGCUUGGAAGAGUUUUCGAACUAGUUUUCACAUGCCAGCAUAAGUAGUACUUAAUUCAUAAAAAUAUCUAAUCAUAGUGCCCAGAAAGCUACUGAAACAGAUCAUAUUGAAGAAAGAUCAAGAACCAAAAAGGUUGUUGUAAUGUUGAACAAUUCAACAUGUUAAUAAAUCAUGGACAAUACUUACUUUAAAAAUCAUUUAAAAUUAUUGCUCAAUUUUACUAAAGUGUUAUUUUUGUAUUAAGCAACACAAGAUCAAUUGAAUAUUGUCUAAGAAUUAUGGUGUAUAUCUGGAAAAACAAUUAAUUUAUUAUAUGAGAAUCAAAGUUUGUUAAGGUGUAUUAAUGGAUGUUAGCUUUAAAUUUUAUAAUUGCAAGAAUUUAGUUUAUUUAGAAAUUAGAUAUUUGGAGAAGUAAGCAGAAAGAAUUUCUUUAAGAAAUUGAGUUUAUCAUUGAGACAAAGAUUAAUUUAUGAGAAAUGUUACUUUAAUGAAUUGUAAAUUAAUUCAAAUACAGAUGUAAUUAUUCAAGGUUUCAAAGAGUUAGAUAGAUUAUUAUUUUUUUAGAGUCCUCUUCUAAAAAUAUUGUUUCGAUCAUUACAAUAAUAAACUGUCUAUAAAACAAUCACAUUUAUCUCUUAUUUUACCUUUUCAUCAAUUCUUUAUACAUGGAACACUUUAGAUUAAUAGGAUUAUUUAGUGGAAAUCAUAUUCUAUUUUUACAUUUAUCAAUUCUUUUUAUUUGGUAUUUAACAUUACUAAUUUCUUGAUGAUUCAAAAUAACUAUAAUACAAUAAGGACUAAUCAUUACUACUUUAAAAAUACUCUAAACAUUAAUCAGAAACUGAAAUAUAGAUAACAAUUAUAAUCAAGAAUAUUUUAUAAGGGAUACUGAUUUCAUGCAUAUUUCAAUAUGAUAUCUAUUUUGAAGGAUUUUACCUAUAUAUCUUUAUGUCAAUUAGCAUUAGUGAUUGGCUCUACUUAAUAAUAAAUUUUGGAUUGAAGUUUCGAGUAUUAGCUUCAUGCAUUUUUCCACUGGUCUUUUACAUUUACACUAUUGUAGACUCUUCAAAAAAUGAAGAAUGGCAGAUUCCGAUAAGCAUAUAAGAAGUGUUUUCUAUUAUUUUAGGAGUGUCAUUUUUGUUAUUAACAAAUAUUUUAUCAGAUUACCUAUAAAAUUAUGGUUUAAAUAAUCUACCCACAAGUGAAGAUGAGUUUUUGUCCUAUUUAAAUUAUAUUCAUUUAAUAAGCGCUCCAGCUUAAAAAAGGAAAACUGUCACUAUUCUAUAGAAUAAAGUAAAUGAUUUGUUUGACAAUAUUGAGUAAGUUGAUUUGAGCAUUCAAAAAUGUAAUUAAUUAUCUAAUACUAUUAGUAUUACUUAAUGAGCCUAACUAUUAGAGUAGAUUUGGUUAGUGGACUUAAGAAAUAUUUCAUAAAGCAUAGACUAUUUUAUAAUGGAAAUAAAAAUAAACAGCUCAAUGUCUUUAAUUACUAUUUUAUCAUUGCUCAUUUUUGUUAAUAAUGUACUUCUACUAAGAUAACAACAAUUAUUUUUUGGUAGAUUAUUUGAUAAUUUUUGGCCUCCAAGCUAUUGUGUUUAUUGUGUUUACAUUUAUUCAAUUACCAACAAAUAGAUAGCAUUAUUUAGAGUACGCUAAAUUUAUUAUUGCAACAGCUGCAACUUUGUCGAUACUAUUUACUUAAAACACUUAAGAACAUGUUGGUUCUGCUUUAGUUAUGUAAUAUUUUAUUACGUAUAAAUUAUCCAUUAAAUUUCACCCCAUCUAUGACUAUAGAACUUAUUUGGGCUCAGCUCUAAUCACAAUAAUUGGUUACAUUAUUUGGUACAUCAUUGAGAAUGAAUCUAAUGUUUCCUUCUUAAUAUAAAUAUUGCAAUUUAUAGUUCUAUUUUCAGCAUCUCAAUACUUUAUAAAGAGUUAUGUAAAAAUAAUAUAGUAAUUAUAAUUAGUAUAUACAAUUAGAAGAAGAUUAGGCUUAAAACAAAUUAAAUUUCAUAGAGCAAAAUAAUAAAAUCAAUGAUAUACUCGGAAUACUAUUGCCAAAAUUUAUCAGAGAUAGAUUAAAUGAAAGUAUAGUAUCUUAUCAAAUAUUUAGCUGAUUAGUACAAUAUUCAUUAAAACUAAGGAUUAGUGGCAAUAGUCUUUUGUGAUAUUUGCAACUUUGAUUAAAUGGUCAUAGAAGAGAAGGAUAAAAUUAUUCCAUUUUUAGAUGACAUUUUUAGAACUUUUGAUAAAUAUUGUUAGAUCUAUGGAGUGUAAAAGAUUGAGACAGUUGGAAAAACUUAUUUGGCUUCAGCUGGAUUGAAGGCGUGUGAACAAGAAUUAACAUAUUUGUCAUAGGUUGAUCCUGUUUAGAGGGCAUUAAAUUUGGCUGAAUAGAUGAUGACUUACAUUAGAUCAAAAUAGUAAUUAAUUUAUAUAUAUCAUCUAGGUGGGGUACUUAAGGUUAACAACUAGUUGGGAAGAUAGGAAUCCAUUAUGGAGGAGCCAUUAGUGGAGUCAUAGGUUAUCACAAGCCUUAAUUCUCCUUAAUUGGAGAUACUGUAAAUACUACAAGUAGAGUAUGCUCUACAGGGUUGGAGGAUACAAUAACAUUGUCAGAAUAAGCAUUUGAUUAAAUUAAAAAUGAGAAUAUUGAAUUUGAGAUAAGAAAUGUAGAAAUGAAAGGAUUAGGAAUUAAGCCAACUUAUAUAUUUAAAUGUAAAAUUCAAAAUAAAGAGAAUACUCACUCCAUGUUAUAUGAUUAGGAUUUGUAAAGCAGAGAUGCAAGAAGCAACUAUGUGGUAAGAAAGAAUCCUGAAUUAUUGAAAAAAAACUUGAAAAAAAGAAAGACUAUAUUGACAUACAUAGANACUAUUUUAUCAUUGCUCAUUUUUGUUAAUAAUGUACUUCUACUAAGAUAACAACAAUUAUUUUUUGGUAGAUUAUUUGAUAAUUUUUGGCCUCCAAGCUAUUGUGUUUAUUGUGUUUACAUUUAUUCAAUUACCAACAAAUAGAUAGCAUUAUUUAGAGUACGCUAAAUUUAUUAUUGCAACAGCUGCAACUUUGUCGAUACUAUUUACUUAAAACACUUAAGAACAUGUUGGUUCUGCUUUAGUUAUGUAAUAUUUUAUUACGUAUAAAUUAUCCAUUAAAUUUCACCCCAUCUAUGACUAUAGAACUUAUUUGGGCUCAGCUCUAAUCACAAUAAUUGGUUACAUUAUUUGGUACAUCAUUGAGAAUGAAUCUAAUGUUUCCUUCUUAAUAUAAAUAUUGCAAUUUAUAGUUCUAUUUUCAGCAUCUCAAUACUUUAUAAAGAGUUAUGUAAAAAUAAUAUAGUAAUUAUAAUUAGUAUAUACAAUUAGAAGAAGAUUAGGCUUAAAACAAAUUAAAUUUCAUAGAGCAAAAUAAUAAAAUCAAUGAUAUACUCGGAAUACUAUUGCCAAAAUUUAUCAGAGAUAGAUUAAAUGAAAGUAUAGUAUCUUAUCAAAUAUUUAGCUGAUUAGUACAAUAUUCAUUAAAACUAAGGAUUAGUGGCAAUAGUCUUUUGUGAUAUUUGCAACUUUGAUUAAAUGGUCAUAGAAGAGAAGGAUAAAAUUAUUCCAUUUUUAGAUGACAUUUUUAGAACUUUUGAUAAAUAUUGUUAGAUCUAUGGAGUGUAAAAGAUUGAGACAGUUGGAAAAACUUAUUUGGCUUCAGCUGGAUUGAAGGCGUGUGAACAAGAAUUAACAUAUUUGUCAUAGGUUGAUCCUGUUUAGAGGGCAUUAAAUUUGGCUGAAUAGAUGAUGACUUACAUUAGAUCAAAAUAGUAAUUAAUUUAUAUAUAUCAUCUAGGUGGGGUACUUAAGGUUAACAACUAGUUGGGAAGAUAGGAAUCCAUUAUGGAGGAGCCAUUAGUGGAGUCAUAGGUUAUCACAAGCCUUAAUUCUCCUUAAUUGGAGAUACUGUAAAUACUACAAGUAGAGUAUGCUCUACAGGGUUGGAGGAUACAAUAACAUUGUCAGAAUAAGCAUUUGAUUAAAUUAAAAAUGAGAAUAUUGAAUUUGAGAUAAGAAAUGUAGAAAUGAAAGGAUUAGGAAUUAAGCCAACUUAUAUAUUUAAAUGUAAAAUUCAAAAUAAAGAGAAUACUCACUCCAUGUUAUAUGAUUAGGAUUUGUAAAGCAGAGAUGCAAGAAGCAACUAUGUGGUAAGAAAGAAUCCUGAAUUAUUGAAAAAAAACUUGAAAAAAAGAAAGACUAUAUUGACAUACAUAGAUACAAUGAAUCAAAAGAGGGAAUCAAUUUAAGAUAAUGGCAAUCACAAUGUUUUUGGCAUCAAACCUACUGAUCCUGCCUAUUAUUAGUCAUAUGAUGAGAAGUCAGAAUAAUCUCUAGAACUUAUAUAGAAACAAAGUUCUGAUGAAAAAUAAAAACUAUAAUAAUAAAUUUAAUAACCAAGUACUUUUAAAAGAUUGGUGACUUUGUUCUAGAAUAGAUUUCAAUUAGAAAAUUAUGAACCAGAAAUUGAUGAGAUGAUAGAUUAUGAGUAGUUAUUGGUAUUGUUUAUUUAAUUAAUUAGAGAAUGUAAUUUUAUUAAAGAAUGAAUACACUCUAGAACAUAAUUUAAUUAAGGAAACUUCAUUCCUUCAAUUGUUAGAGAUUUCUUAUUAUAAGAAACAGAUGAAUUAGUUUAUAAGUUAUGAUCAGUAUAUGGAGUUUGUAAAAAUUCAAUCUAAGAAUUAAACAAUUUACAAUUUAAGAUUAUAUGCCUUAUAUUAUAUGAUAAAGCAAUUUUGUUAGAUUCAGUUCUACAAUGAUUACAUUAUUGGCUUAAUUGUAUUGCAAUGGUUAUGUUGCAUUAUGAAUUUAAUUCAGUUUCUAAUUAAUAGAAAACCCUAUUUUGAUAAAUGGAAGAUCCUAAUAAAAAUCUUGUUAUUUUUUUAGGUUAUAUUAGCAGGUGUAGUUGUAGUAUUAGAAGAUAGAGAUGAAUUGAAAAAUGUUCAUGUCUAUGAGAUCGUUUUCAUACAAUGUAUUUUUUGUAGUGUAUAAAUUCUUAGUUUUUGGGUAAAAGUAUUAUUUUGUUUUUUUACAUACUUUUAUUCAAUAAUCAUCAUUAUCAUUGAUGGAUCGUAACUGAUUAGCAUAUUUUUCCUUUUCGUUAGCUCUAUGUAUAAUUUGACUUUGAUAUUAUUCAUCGAACAACAAUAAGUAGGUUGUUUUAAUUAAAAAAACAUUUUUAAAACUCAAUAACAAAAAGAAUCGUAACUACUUCAGUAUUUAUUACCAAAGCACAUUCUAAAUAAGUUUUUAGAUGAUAAAAUCAAUAACAUAGGAGUUUGUGAUAAAUUAGAUAAGUUGACAAUCUUAUUUGCUGAUAUCGCUGGUUUUACUGAAUACUCUAGCAAAGUCAAACCAGAAGAAGUGUUAGUUAUGUUAAAAAAUCUGUUUGUGGAAUUCGAUAGAAAAUGCUGUGAAUUGAAUGUCUAUAAAUUAUAUACAAUUGGAGAUUGUUAUGUUGCUAUUGGCAUGAUUGAUUUCAAUAACAGAAAUCCUCAUUAAGAAGCAAAGAAUAUUGUGGAUUUGGCUUUUGAGAUGAUUAAAAUAAUUACGUAGGUGAGAAAACAAAUUAACUUUGAUGGAUUAAACAUGAGAAUAGGAAUUCACACAGGCUCUGUCUUUGGUGGAGUCAUGGGUACCGAUAUUGUGAGAUAUGAUAUCUAUGGACCAGAUGUGUUAAUUGCAAAUAAGAUGGAAUCAAAUGGAGUCAAGGGGUUUGUGCAUGUUAGUUAAGAAACAAAAGCAUAUUUAGAAUAAGAUUUUGAUGAUCUUUUUACUUUUUAAUUGCACACGACCAUAGAUCUUAAAACAAUUAAAAGAUAGAUUGAAGGGUUUUUGGUACAUAAGUUAGAACAGGAUCAUUUUCCAGAAGAAGAAGAUUAAUUUUUAAGUUCCUGA